UCUUAAUACAAAAACAUAAGCGCAAGCUAAUCUCCACGUGCCACAUUUACCUAUUCUAUCACGACCAAACAACAAUAGAACAAUAAACUCACAAUGUACAAUAAUAAAAACGGGCUUAUUUUAUUGUGUGUCCCCGAGACCUCUUUGUUCACGACUGGACCCUGAACCUCACUUUUCACUCUUUAUGUCACCAUUAGCUUAUAAUUCCCUUCCCACCAUCUCCGAAUCCUCCGCGACCUUCCGACCAACUACACUUCACCAUCGCAAGAAUGCCAGCCAUCAUACCGAGAACUUCACAACUAGCACCGCGCGGGGAGGACGACAGAAUGACAUCGUCUAUCGUGGGCAUCGUCUUCGCAGGCGUCGUUCCCGUCAUCAUCGUCGCAUGCGUGGUCACAUGGUUACUAGCAUGCUACGGUCGACAACGCGCAUGCGGGUGUCUAUGGAUGCGCAAAGCGCAAAUAAGGUCAGACGAGAAGUGGCAGAGGAGGAUGGAGGAAGACGCAUUAGUUGCCCGGCGCAAAGCAGAGGCUGUGCGAAUUGCGACCGCGGCUGGACCCAAGGCGCCGCAACAUAAGAAAUCACCGUCGGAUUCGACGGAUUCUUCCGGGAAGACAAAUUCGACUGAAGACACGAUCGAGAAGCAAGAUGCGAUUUCGCCUGAUCCUAUGCCCCAGAAACAUCGGUUACGCGGACCCCUUCGGAUCUAGCAGUCCAUGAUGCUUUCGCCAGUUCUUAUUGCUACAACUAGGAGGCGUCAACGGGGAAUUCACAUUGUUUCUUGUUUCAAAUAACGACUGUAUACUUCA